CUUUCUAUACUAUCGACGUGCAAGUACACAUGCACACUUGGAGGCUUUUGUCAGCGACUGAUGCGUAUCACUGGACAACUUUAAGACUGGCCAGCAGCGCAAACGAAAGUGGGACAAUAUUGCUGGUAUGCCGAUAAGAACGCACGUUGGAAGAUGCCGCAGUUGGUGACAUAGCAGAUUUGGAGUUUUGACUCUGCGGCGAGGAGACUAGGAGGCGGCUAGUGACCAUGCUGAAACUGGGUGUACUGCUGAAGUGCAUUUGUCUGCUGUAUGCCAUUCACGGAGUCCAUUGUAACGGGCUGGGGAUCGCCCCCGUCACCCCCAACAAGGUCAAGGGCAUGGAAGGCGAGACCGUCACCCUCCCCGUGCAGAGCAAGGUGGACCUGGACAAGGUGAUCGCCGUGACGUGGAGCCGGGUGAGCGGCGAGUCGGGCAGAGAGAGAAUCGCCGUGUACAUGUACUCAGCCGCCUCCAAGGGCCACGCCUUGACACCACUGCAGGGGCGGGCCUCGUUAAACAUGGACGGGUCGCUGCGGAUAGACGACGCCAAGCUUUCCGACGAGGGCCUGUAUGUCAUGACACAACUCAUGGACGACAUUGGACAAACGGAGGAAUACGUCAAGCUUAUCAUAAUCGUUCCACCCAAACUAUCCAUUGGAAAAGAGAACCACUUACGAGUUCACGUCGGCAGCACGAUAGCUCUGAACUGCACCGUGGCGGACUCCAAGCCGGACCUGACGAAGAUCGAGUGGCGGAAAAACGGAGUACUGUUGAACUCGACCCGGCUGAAGGAACUGAAGGAUCAGGAGGAUGGUCCCGCUGCCGUGAUCACGCUGGUGGUCACCAACGUGACCAAGAACGACGCCGGGAAGUACACCUGUAGGGCGGAGAAUGUCGUCUCAGAGGACGAGGAGAGUGUCCAGGUGGAAGUCAUGUAUCCAGCGAAAAUCAUCAACGUGUCGCGUGAUGUGGUUGUGGAUGCCUCCAGCUCCGCGACAUUCUACUGCUACGCUGAGGGGAAUCCUCCGCCCAACAUAUCCUGGUUUCGUGUCAUCGCCCCUCAUAGGGCUGUCGUCAGUAAACAAAAGAAGCUUAUCCAAGAGUUGGAGUCCAAGUCGGCGGUGUUGAAGCUCAACAACGUGAGGAUCAACGAUAGCGGGGAGUACAUCUGCACGACUAGCAACGGCAUGGGCGGGGAGGACUACAUGUCAGUCCGGCUGUCGGUGCGAGACACGGACCACACAGCGUUAGGUAGUGAACUUCCAGAGGAUUUUCUAGAACUGCUUCUCCUGGCCGCCGGUGUGGCAGGCGGAGUCUUCCUGCCCGUGGCGAUCGUCCUGGUGGUGCUCGCCUGCAGAAGAAGUAGAAGCAGAAGUAAUAGCCAGCAGGUGGUGAGGAUUGUCUCGCCCAUCCGGCCGCAGCAGCCUGACCAGGAGGUGGCACCAGCCAACGACCCGUCCAGGGAGCCUAGGUACCGGCCAAGGUCAGCUGACAGCGAUGACGGUCGACGGUUUGCUCGCGCCAAAGGCAACUACAAUCCUCAAGACGACAACGAACUGAAGCUGAAGACGAACGAUGUCGUGCAGUUGCUGAGCACGGAAAAUAGCGGCUGGUACUUCGGCUACCUGGACGGGCGGCUGGGCCUAAUCCCCGCACACAUCGUCGAGAUCAUACAGUUCGAUAACAGGAAAAGAAGGAAGGUGCGAGACAAGAGGUUCGCGCGUGCGCUGUACGAUUACUCUCCGCAGGAGGAGGGCGAACUGAGGCUACAGGUGUAUGACGUCAUUGAGGUGUUGAACAGGGAUGAGUCCGGCUGGUGGUACGGCCGGUGUCAGGGCAGUCUAGGAGUCUUCCCUUCCAACUACGUAGAAGUUAUCUCGGUGGAAGAUGUCGGAGAAUUAACAGAAGACGAGAUGAGAGUUUGUACGUGUGCUUCCACGUCCAACUUACCGGAGUACGGGUGCGGCGAGGAGGGCUGCUGUGCCGAGCAGGUAACUCAGCAUGUGCACCUCCACUCCUCACACCUUCCAUCUUCAUCCAGCCUUUCAUCCAGCUCAGCCCUGUCCAACUCUCUGCACUCGCUCAGCAUGUAGGGCCGCUUCAGCCGCAGCUUCCGCCAACUCACCAGGUAGGACCGAUCAGUGGCG